AUGAGUCGUUUAUUCAACCUCGGGUUGAUUGCAUCAUGGUACUCCUCUAAUAUAGGAGUUUUGCUAUUAAACAAAUAUCUGCUUAGCAGCUAUGGAUUCAAGUUCCCCAUAUUUCUCACACUGUGUCAUAUGAUGGCAUGCUCAUUGUUUAGUUAUAUUGCAAUUUCAUGGCUCAAGGUUGUGCCUUUGCAGACUAUAAGGUCAAGAUCACAGUUUUUAAAGAUCACUGCUCUUGGGAUCAUAUUUUGCUCUUCUGUGGUGACGGGUAACAUAUCUCUUAGAUAUCUUCCCGUAUCGUUUAAUCAGGCUAUUGGGGCUACCACCCCAUUUUUCACUGCAGUGUUUGCGUAUUUGCUGGCUUUUAAAAUUGAAGGUCGGCUUACUUAUGCUACUCUGGUUCCUGUUGUUGCUGGUUGUGUCAUUGCUAGUGGGGGGGAGCCGAGUUUUAAUCUUUUCGGUUUUUUAAUGUGUAUCGGUGCUACGGCGGCACGCGCAGUCAAGUCUGUGGUUCAAGGGAUUUUGCUAUCUUCUGAAGGGGAAAAACUUCAUUCUAUGAACCUCUUAAUGUACAUGGCUCCAGUAGCAGUUGCAGUCCUUGUUCCUGCAGCUUAUUUUAUGGAGGGAGAUGUGGUCGGAAUCGCAAUUUCCCUUGCAAGGGAUGAUAGGAAAUUCAUAUUCUAUCUGAUCUUCAAUGCUUCUCUAGCAUAUUUUGUGAAUUUGACCAACUUCUUGGUCACUAAGCAUACCAGUGCUUUGACACUGCAGGUCUUGGGAAAUGCAAAGGGAGCUGUUGCAGUGGUUAUUUCAAUUUUGAUAUUCCGGAAUCCUGUAUCAGUGACUGGGAUAUUUGGAUACAGCAUCACUGUAAUUGGGGUUGUUCUCUACAAUGAAGCCAAGAACAGGAGCAGGAACAAUUGA